AUGGUGCUUUCUGCUCAAUUGGGCUUUGGACUCUUGGCCUGUGUUGUGGUUGAUGGGAUCAUGAACUUUGCAACUGACAUUGCCAAAGAGAUUGGACUUAUGAGCAUCUCUUUCCGUACCAUAAGUGCUUCUUGCUACUGGUCUUAUUUUUGUAUCCCAAAACUCAUUGAAGCCAGUGAGCUUCCCUUCAAAGAAAGCGAAAUGGAUAUUCUGAUAACAUAUGUGCCAGGAAUGGAAGACUUUUUGUGGCGGCGGGACCUCCUAGGGUACAUGGUGGGUUGGGCACCACAAGAGGAGGUCUUGAAGCACCAGGCCAUUGGUGGGUUCUGGACACACAGUGGUUGGAAAAUAUUGGAGAGCAUAGUCGCUGGGGUGCCAAUGAUGUGUUGGUCUUAUUUUGCUGAUCAAAUGGUGAACAGCAGGCUUGUGAGUGAGGUGUGGAAGCGGGGAUUUGACAUGAAAGAUAGGUGUGACAGAGUGAUCCUUGAGAAAGUGAUUAGGGAUUUGAUGGGGGGAGAGGAAGGUUGA